CGAAAAGUAUCAGUGUGAUAGUGGUGGGGGACUAACCAACGAAAACGCGCAACAUGGCUGUGUGCGACUGCGGCCGAGUGUUGGUGCGUUGAUAAGUUCCUCACCACACCGAGUGUCAGGCCCGUAUCCACCUUUUCACUGCGACGGGCGUAUGGCUGUUUUUUGUGUUCCAUAAUUGUUUUUCCUUCAAAACUCAUUUCUACUCUAUUAUUUAUUUCUUUUGUGAAUUGAUUCGUGAUCAAGAGUUAUGUGAACAAACCAGGAAGUUGGAAAUCUAGUUUUAAGGUUACGUUAGACAAGAGAAUUCUUAUCUCUAUGGCGGUGGUUACAGCAGCUGCCAUUUCCCUUCAAUUACUUUCACUGCCAGCUGCAGAUUAUGAAGAAGAGAGCGAUAAGAGCUGUGAAUCGGGUCCUUUUAGGAAGGGUCUGUUAGAAUGUGUGGUGAAGCUGAACCGCCGGGAUGAUCUGUGCCCCAUGGAGGUCCUUGACUGGUUUUUACCAGACAAAAAGUUGGACAAAAAUAAAAUGAUGAAAGAUGUUGAACGCCAUCUCAAAAAUCCCAAGUAUGCGGAAAAAACUAGGAAGAUCUUUUCGGAAUGUAUUGAAACAGCAAACGCAGCAGGUCGAUCAGAAAGAGCAGUAGCUAAUACAUUCGUGCACUGUUGGCUACAGGCAGGUGGCUCAGAAUUAUCCAAGAAAGCAUUUUGUCGUGAAUGAAACACAGGGUUGAAUUGGAGAUAAUUGUAAUAAAAUAUUUUCCAAUAAAAACGAAACAAA